UACAUUCGCUUACUUUCACUCCAAUGCACUGAUCAGUCCAACUCCUAUUAGAGUUACCAGAUAAAACAAACGUUUCUUCUUUAGACUGAAUCAUCGCACCACGUGAAUAAGAUUGAUACCAUUUACCAAAUAUCUAAGCUGAGCUUUACCAUGGUACUUCUACCUGCCCUGCUUCUUCUCUGGGGUGAGUAUUCAAUUCGACCUGUUUGAGAAGCUUUCCAUUAUUAAAUCAUCAUCUUAUUUAUUCCUCACACACCACAUGUUUAUGCAAAUGAAAAAUGCAUGAGUAUUUGUCUUGUUUUACUAAGAUAUUGUAGAUUAAUUAAAGUUCAAGUCCUAGAUGAGAACUAUUCUAGUGCAUAUUUAAAUUAAUGGUUGACGUCUACAGUAUGUUGCACAUGUGUGCAUGUUUUUUUAAGAUAUGAAUUUUUCUUCCUGUCAAGAUGUCAGUAGUAUUUCAUUAAAAACUGACCAUCUCUUCUCAGUUGUUUCCCUUUCAAGCCAGGCCGUCUUCGGAAAAGAUCGACUUAAAAAAAAAUUCUACUUACUUGAACCACAAAAGCAGAUAACUGAUGCACUGGAUGCUUGUAAAAGGAAAUACACUGAUCUCGUCACAAUCUAUGAUCAAGAAGAGAUUGUGAACUAUGUUAAAGCGGAAGUGAAUGGAUCUUACAACUGUAGCUGGAUUGGAGCCAAUGGCUGUACAUGGUCAAACGGCGAUCCUGUCACAUUCAUCAACUUCACCAGAAACUUUACUGAGGAAAGGUGCUGUGGUGCGCUGACCGCUGAUGGAACAUGGGAGUGUUUCAACUGUAGUUCCAAAAUGUAUUUCAUGUGUCAUAAACAAGAUGAUCAUAUUUUAAUCUCUCUAAACAAAACCUGGAUUGAGGCUCAGUUGUACUGCAUAAAGAAUCAAAGCAAUUUAGUCAGUAUCAGAAAUGAAAGGGAAAAUAAACGAGUGAAGAAAGCAGUAAAUGGGAGUGACUCUGUCUGGAUUGGCUUUCAAUAUAAUUACAAGGUUGUAUGGUCUGAUGGUGGAGAUUUCGAUUACAAACAAGAAUGCUUUACAUUUCUCCCAAAUGAUUGCAGCACAAGGAAUCUGAGUACCUGUUCUCCUCUUUGCUACAAAAGGUUCAUUCAUGUCAGUACUGAGAGGAAUUCCUGGGAGAAUGCGCUGAAUUACUGCAUCAAUUAUCCAAAAAAAGCUGAACUACUGAGUAUUCAGUCUGAGGAUGAUCAGACAGAAGUGGAGCGAGAGCUAAAAAGACAAAAUAUCACUGAGCCAGUGUGGGUGGGGCUUAGACAGAGUCGACUUUUCGGAUUCUGGAUUUGGUCCAGUGGUUUAAUGGUGGGACCCUGGACCAACUGGCCAGAAAGAAAAGCACCAGACCCUCAAACAUCUUACUUCUGUGGUGCCUUAGAGAAAAAGAAUGGUACAUACAUGUGGAGUGAUAAAGACUGCAGAUUGACAUUAAGAUUUUUAUGUGAGAUAAAGUAAUAUACCUCUGUUUUAUGCUCUUUGGCUUAUCGUAUGCUCAGUUUUCA